CACGACGGCCAUCAUCUCCUCCUCCUCCUCUGCCUCUUCACAAUGGCACGUGCCGACGUCGAUGGUAGUCGCGACAGGCCUCCUGAGGAAGAUGCUGAUACUGUCAAGGAUGAGAGGCAAUCGUCGCCGUCCGACUCGAUCGGAGAUGGACACGCUCAGCCUGCCAUCAUCGUGGAUGAGCAUGGACGCGAGAUUACAGUCGACUCGCUCAAUGACAAGUCCAAGAAGCUGCCGGAGCAGUCGUGGCGCUUCGCACCGCUCUCCGUACCCCGUCAACGACGCCUUCAGACGGCCUCGGUCCUCUUUUGGGAGAUCUUGCUGCCCUCUGCCCUCGCGACCUUCUUCAUCCUGCUCUCUAUCCCACCGCUAUGGCCUCUCAUUACCGUCUACCUCAUAUGGAUGUGGUUCGACGAUGCGCACGAGAGUGGCGGCAGGAGAGUCGAGUACAUCAGGCGCCUCUCGGUCUUCAAGUACUUUGCUCAGUACUUUCCGAUCAGCAUGAUCAAGACUGCCGACCUCCCCUCUGAUCGUCCGUACAUCUUUGGCUACCACCCACACGGCAUCAUAGGCAUGGGCGCGGUAGCUACCUUUGCGACAGAGGCUCUCGAGUUCUCGGACACCUUCCCCGGCAUCACUCCAAGAUUACUCACCCUGUCGAGCAACUUCAAACUGCCCAUCUACCGCGAUAUUCUGCUCGCCAUGGGCAUCUGUAGCGUCAGCAAGAGGAGCUGUGAGAGAGCGCUGAGGCGGGGCAAAGGGUCGAGUAUCACCAUCGUAGUAGGAGGAGCGGCGGAGAGCUUGAAUGCUCAUCCUGGUACGGCAGACCUGGUUCUGAAACGUAGGCUGGGAUUCAUCAAGAUUGCCAUUCGCGCAGGAGCGGAUCUUGUGCCGGUCUUUGCCUUCGGGGAGAAUGACAUCUACGAGCAGUUGGCCAAUGAAAAGGGCACGCGCGUCUACUCGAUACAGAAGCGCUUCCAAGCAAUCUUUGGCUUCACUCUCCCCCUCUUCCAUGGUCGCGGCGUCUUCAACUACAACUUUGGCUUCCUACCCUAUCGACAUCCCAUCGUCAGCGUCGUCGGCCGCCCAAUCCACGUAAGGCAAGAUUCCAACCCGAGCAAGGAGCAUAUCGACGAGGUGCAAAAGCAGUACAUCGCCGAGUUGAACGAGAUUUGGGAUACGUGGAAGGAUUCGUACGCUGUGCAUCGGAGAAAAGAAUUGACCAUUGUGGAUUGAGGGACCAUCAAGCAGGGGCAGGCGCAUCUGGAAUCGAAUCGGGACGUUUCUUCAGCGUGAGAAGGGGUGCGAUCAGCGUGAAUCUCUGCGCAUUGCAACAGCCGUAACUCGAGGUAUGUUCGCAGGAUAGUAGGUAGCUCCGUCGUCGUGUAUGUCUCGCGCCUCUUCUCCCCUCGCCUUGGCCACGCCCUCACGCAGCAGUCGCCUUCCAUCCCGGCCUGAAGCCACUGACCGCCGCGACCGUACCAAAUAUGCCGACCCAUACGUCCGAGUUGAAGAUGCCACUCGGGCACGACC